GGCCGUUCUGAUUGGCCAGCGAAACCGUCAAUCUAAAGUGGUCACGUUUGGGGAAGUGCUGUAGCUUUGGUUAAUGUUAUGCUAAGUCGAGUCAGGCCUUCUGUAAUAAACGUUAAACCUAUCAUGCAGACGAGACUGACAUAAACAAGGAGUCAGAGUGCUGGGUCCCUAUGGCUGUGUAUGAUGAGGAUAUUCUGAAGAAUCCAUUUUACCUGUCAUUGGAGAAGCAAAGACCGGACCUCUGCAACCGAGUGGCGGAAGUACAUGGCAUUGUCUUGGUUCCAUGUCGUGGAAGUUUAUCAGCUAGUUCAUACACAGCAGCACAGUUUGAGAGCUAUGUCCUCUUGCCUGCAGAACAAGGCUUCCAGACAGUUGAUGGGAAGGAGGUGGCAAUAGAAAAUAACCAGGUGCAUUUGGUGACUGGGUUUGUGAGCCCUGCUUCAGUCCCCAUUUUGUUUGAGGAGACAUUCUACAACGAGAAGGAGCAGGCCUACAGUAUCCUGUGUAUCAACCGGCCGGUUGACUCUGAGCCCAGCACAGUUGAGCUGAGUCCUGUCCCUACACACUACUGCCUGAAGAAUGUCGAGGAGGUAAAGGACUUCCUGGGUCGCCAUGCCGAGAAACUGGAUAAAUUCAUUUCUGUGUUCUGCCAGUCCUUUAAAGAGCAGGAAAGGAAGGGCCUGCGCCAUCACAUAGAUGCCGUACAUGCCCUGUAUACAAAAUGUCUUCAGUGCUUGCUGAGAGAUUCACGUCUGAAGGUGCUGACCAAGCAGGAGCUUCAGAUGACCCUUCUCAAACAAGCAGUGGAGAUGUACAUACACAAUGAUAUCCAUGAUCUCCUCUUUAGUUAUGUGGGAACUCUCGAAGCAACUCAGGAUGCUGCAUUCAAUAAAACAACAAGAGGGCUGCAGGAACUGCAGCAGAAAGAUCUUGGAGUGAAGUCAGACUUCAGUAUAAAUAUUCCUCGUGCUAAGAGGGAAUUAAGUCAGCUUAACCGUUGCAGUUCUCCCCAGCAGAAGCUUCUCUGCCUCAGGAAGGUUGCCUUCACCAUCAUGCAGUCACCCAGCCGCAAAGUUAACUUGGAGGCGGUAUGUGCGGAUGAUCUCCUUUCAGUUAUUCUGUAUCUACUGGUGAAAACUGAGAUUCCUAAUUGGAAGGCAAAUCUCAGUUACAUAAAAAACUUCCAUUUCUGCAACUCCACCAAGGAUGACCUGAGUUACUGCCUGACGUCGUUUGAGGCAGCUGUGGAGUACAUCAGCCAAGGCAACCUUAAUCAAGGGCCGAUGGGGUCAGGAGAGCUGAAUGACAAACUGUUCUUCAGGCAAAAGAUGAAUCUUCUUUCUCAGACUGCUUCUACACCUAUAGACUGUUUGUUUGAGCAUAUAGCACAUGGAAACAAGGCAGAGGUCCAGCGCUUGCUAAGUGAAGGCGAGAGUGAGGAAGACAAGAGGCAGAUGUGUCACCCUCUGUGCUCCUGUGAUGCAUGUGACCAGCGUUUGUCAGGGAGAUUGAAUGACCCAUCUAUAGUCACUCCGUGUUCCCGGGAUGACCGAGGCUACACUCCUCUUCAUGUUGCUGCUAUAUGUGGUCAGUCUCUGCUGGUUGACCUGUUGGUGUCAAAGGGAGCUGCAGUGAACGCCACAGACUACCAUGGCCUCACAGCUCUGCACCUCAGCUGCCAGAAGGGCUAUCAGGGUGUCACGCUGCUGCUGUUGCACUAUAAAGCAAACCCAGAUGCUCAGGACAACAAUGGGAACACUCCUCUUCACCUGGCUUGCAUGUACGGGCACGAGGAUUGUGUAAAGGCCCUGGUUUACUACGACCUGCACACAUGCCAGCUGAAUGUGCAGAAUGAUAAGGGGGAUACGGCACUGCACAUCGCGGCCCGUUGGGGUUACGAAGGCAUCAUGGAGGUGCUGCUGGAGAACGGCGCCUCCACUCUCCUCCAUAACAAGGCCAAUCAGAGCCCACUCCACUGCGCACUCAACUCCAGGGUUCUGUCCUUACUGGAGCGCACAUAUGAAAAAUGUGCCAGUAAAAAGGCUCCCAGUCAUUCUCCACAGCCAGCUGAUCACAGCAGUAGACGUACCUCUGUGUCCAGUACGUCCUCGUUCAUCUCUGUGGAGGCCAAUUCCGAGAGUGAGCGCACACACCUAAAGGAGGUGGAGAAAUUACUGCGGGCAGUGGCAGAUGGAGAUGUGGAAAUGGUGCGCUACCUGUUGGAGUGGUUAGAUGAAGAGCCAGAGAAUGAAGAGAAAGCUGAAUUGCCUGAAAAAACAGAACUGUGCCACCCUCUGUGCCAGUGUCCAAAGUGUGAACCUACACAAAAGAGGUUAUGUGUCCUGCAGCUGGACAGUUUGGGAGUCAACAGCAGCAGUGCAGAUGGUUUCACGCCACUGCACGUGGCAGCACUGCACGGACACACGGUGCUCGUCAAUUUGUUCAUCCGUCACGGUGCCAACAUCAACGCCUGUAAUGGCCAGAAUGCCACUCCACUCCAUCUGGCCUGCCAGAAUAGCCAUACACAGGUGGUGAGCUCUCUGGUGGAGUGCAAUGCUAAGCUAAAUAAGAAGGAUCAGUUUGGGAACACUCCCCUGAUUCAAGCCUGUUUAAAGGGACAUGAGGAAACAGUAGCAGUGCUAAUGGAGAGUGGUGCCUCAUUGAACCUGGCCAAUAAUCAGGGUAACACGGCUCUACAUGAGGCAGUGAGAGGAGGACACCAGACUCUUGUGGAGCGGCUGCUACAGGCUGGGGCCCUCACACACCUCAGGAACAAGAGACAGUACACUCCACUGGACUGUGCUCAGGAGAUUAACACAGCGAUUCUUAGGAUUCUACAGAAAGCCUGUGCAUCCAGUCUUGAAGCUGAUUCAAUCAAACAGUUCUGCAUAGCCCAAAGACAGCUAGGAAAAAUUGAGAGAAUACAGCAGAUGAAUAAAUCGCAAGACAGUACCAUCCUUCUCUCCACUGACUCUCCAAAUAUGGGUUCAGAUGACCUGAGUUAUAGAAGGCGGCUACGGCGGGGAGAGACUGUCGAUGGUUGCAACCUCUUCAUCCAGCCUCCUGAAAACUCGCACUCCUUCAAACAGGCCACGCUGAACCAGGCCAGAAGCUUAUGCCGAAGUCACACCAUACACAAGGACCUGACCACACAGUGUAGUUCCACUGCAGUCAAAAUGGACGAUGGUAAAGCUAAUGACCAUCCUGCUAAUCUCUCACCUAAACCUGAGCAGGUUAUUGGGAAGGCUGACGAGGGCAUGCAGGACAACUUGGAGGAGGAGAAGGAGGAGGAGGAUCAGAAGGAUCAGAACAGGGGCAAAAACUUGUCUUGGAUUUCCACAGAGAUGGAUAAUAUUGUGCUCUGAGGACUUCAGAGACUGUUUCAGACAUGAUGAACCAAGAUCACUAGAAGCUAUGCAUUUAGCUGUUCUUUUGAACAUUUAACUCACCAGGUUUGAUGUCCUUGCUUCAGUCGGUGAUACUAAACCCACCCCAGCCACUGACAUGAAUGACACGAUGCUUUAGCUCAGACUACUUUAAAACAGUCUAAAGCUUCAGCUUUAAUUCAGUGAACUGACUGAGACACAACUUAAAUAUAACUGCUAGGGG